GUUCAGGGUGCCAAAAUGAGCUUUAACUACCAGAGCAGGAGGAUUUUACAGAUAUUCUUUGCAACUAUUACAACAGUUUUCACACAAGAUUUGAGCAGUAAAGAGCUGACGGACAGUAAGAGCCCAGUGCCUUUCCCUGUCUUCUUGCCGGUCAACUACGAGGUGCGAGAUGCUGAUUACCUCUUCCUAAAGGAGGCUGGCCAGGACUUCAUGAGGAACUCCAGCAUGCAGAGUCACACGCAGCCCUUUGUUAUCUUAAGAGCCAGCCGGCAGCCAGCUGUCAACGCCAGCUACAGCACCAUGUCCACGGAGAAGCUGGUGCCUCUAGAUCUGGUCCAGUCUGUUCAGCUUUUUAACGCUCCAGAGGUCUUCACCUUUAACUGGAAAAUCCAGGCCUUUGUGCUGACGCCUCGGGUUUUCUCAUCCAAGCCCAAAGUCCGGGUGCUCUUCUAUGUUGCGGGGAGGGACUGGGACCGGGGAGCAGGAUCCGUGGAUGAGCUCCCGUGUGUGAAGGUGUUUGCUUUCUGGCAGACCCAGGAGGUGAGGGGUUCCUGUGCCAUGGGAGGCGACAGAGGAACCUGCAUGGCUGAGCUGGCUCCUGCACUUGGCUGGUUUGCCGCGGGGUCCGAGACCAGCAGGGAGCGGCAGGACCCGACGACUGGGAACCCUGUGGAGCUGUACUACCAGGCGCAACCCAAAGUCAAUGGGAAGUGCGAUUCUGUUGAUGGAAGUCGAUGGGGUGGCUCACAGCAGCAGGCAGCGGAGUUUGUUCCUGUGACGCCCCUGCAGAGGAUCGGCAGCGUACGUCUUCUGCAAGUGCCGAAAGGAAUGGCGACGCUUUCUCGACUGAAGCUCGGCAACGCCGUCGUCAUACGGACGUCCUCCAAGCCGCUGAAGAAGACCGACAUCGCCACCUUCUACAUACUCAUGGCCAGCUCUGCUCAGCUGACGAGCUUCACUCUCAGGGCGACAGUACAGAAAGGUGUAACCUUUCGAACAGCGACACCCAGUAACUCUUUACUGUGGGACAUCACUCUGGAUAUGGCGGCAGAUGGCAUCGCUGUUAUUUGUCAGAAGAAAGCUCCCAUUGCUGGGAAAAGGCCUGAGAGCAGUCUGCUGGAGGUGCUUCAGAUGGACUUUGCGGUGGAGGAGCUGAGCAGUCCUCUCGACAGUCAGGUGAUCAUAUGGAGGCUGGAACUUCCAUCUGAGUCCAAAGAUGUAGUAAAGACUGAAGGAGCCAUAAGGAUCUUUACGACUCAGAGAGACUUUGUUGGCCUGGCCCCUCUUGUAAUGGACACAGAGAUCCUGAAUACAGCCAUUCUGACGGGAAAGAAAGUGGUGAUGCCCGUGAGGACAGUGGCUGUGGAGGAAGACGGAGUGGUCACUGACGUUUCUGACUACACAGACUGCAGCUCUGAUGAUGAAGAUGUACUCAAGGUGUCAGACAGGUGCAACUAUGUUUUCGUGGAUGGCAAAGAGACGAAGGGCAAGGUGAAGUUGGUGGUGACCUUUACCUAUAGCUACCUGAGUGCUCAGCUCGAGCUGAACGUGUGGAUUCCCCGACUCCCUCUCCAGAUUGAGGUGUCAGACACAGAGCUGAGCCAGAUCAAAAGCUGGAGGGUACCCAUACUAGCCUCAAAAAGAACUGGCUGGAACAGUGAAGAGGACAGGAAGGGAAAGGGCUGCAUGCUUCAGUUUCAGCACGCCCUGGUGCGGGUGCUAACUCACUUUGUGGCAGAGCAGGCGGAUCCUCGGGAUCCUAAGGCUUAUUUCCUGGGCUCCGAUUGGCAGGUGGAUGUCACAAGACUGGUUCGAUACUUCAUGAAGGUGGAGGACCCUGGAGUGGCAAGGCUGCAGGCAGGAAGGGUGCUGUCAGGACGAGACCUCGGGACCACCACCAUCCAGGUGUUUUCUCCGCUGUCUGACGCAAUCUUGGCGAAGACAACUAUCAAAGUCGUUGAUGAUAAAGUGACUAUCACAGAUCUGGGGGUCCAGCUGGUUACAGGCCUCUCCAUGACUUUACAGCUGAGUACCGGAAGCAACAGGGCCAUCCUGGCUACCACAAGCACUCAGGAGGUUCUACAGACCCCCAAACAGGAAGCCUUGGUCAGUGCCUGGGUGCAGUUCAGCGAUGGCAACCAGACUCCUCUCGACAUUUAUGAUCCUGCUUUCUACAGAGUGACGGUGACCUCUCUGGACCCGGGGGUGGUGUCAGUGCAGGGCCCUCUUCCCACUGUGGUCGCAGAGGGUGAGGGCCAGGGAGUCCUGGUACGAGUCGAGAUUUCCAUCCGUGAGUCAUGUCAGAAGACAAAGCGCAAAAGCACAGUGGCUGUGGGCAACGGCAGCCUCAAGGUCAAGUUUCAAGUCAACAGUCGGCGCCCAGGCGGCAAUUACAGCAACACUCUGAGCACCAAGGACAACGGCAGUGAUUAUGGAAACGAUGGUGAAGAGGUGGGCAGCGAGAGGAAGCAGAGGGAGCAGUCCAAUGGUCCUCCGCCACGCAGCUCCACCGUAGACGGAGAGGAGAGUGGCAUGCAGAAGAUCACCACCACGAUCAGGUCGACAGAACAAACCUUCAUCGCCAGCGGAAGCCUCGGAGGAGCGGGGAAGACCAGCAGCUCCGGAAACCCCGGCAGCCCUACCAGCUUGGUGAAUAUCAGCACGAUGAACGGCCCAAGUGACGCCAGCAAAGCGGCCGGCUCAGACAAUAUGAUCGGGGAGGACAUGAGCAGCGUCAGCUUUAGCAGCACUGUGAAGGCCCCUGGGAACCUUGUGAACUAUAACUCCCCCACGAAGGUGGAGGUAUCUGGGCAGGAGACAGAGGAGCUGGAAACCGGUGGCGAAGAAACGUCGGUCAACAGGCCGCUCAGCGACUUGGAGAUUGGCAUGUACGCUCUGUUGGGGGUCUUUUGCCUGGCCAUCUUGGUGUUUCUGGUUAAUUGCAUCUCAUAUGUUGUCAAGUUCAGGCACAAGAAGCCUCCGUCUCACGGCCAGGAGCCCACAGGGCACAGGCACGACUGGGUGUGGCUCGGCACAGACGCCGAGCUGGUGAUGAGCGUGCCGGGCAGUCCUGUCCAGCAGGACUCCCAGACCGCAACCACCGUCAUCGGGCCUGAUGAGACUCGCUCUCUGCCCAGGAGGCCCAGUUGCGUGGGCUCCCUCAGGAGCAAACCGACGCACACCGAGUCCCUCCACUCGCCCACCAGCAAGAGGAAGAGAGUCCAGUUCACCACCUUCUCCACGCUGGAGCGCCAGCAUUCGCCACGUCUCCCGCCCAGAGAGAACGGCUACGGCAUCCACUGGGUUGGGAAGCAGGACAGUUGCGAGGAGGAAGCCCAAGUGCCCACGACAGAGACUGGGGACCCGUUAUAAUACCGAGCCUGAUCAGACCUCACAUGUACAGUUGAUGUGGCUUUGAUCACCUCAAUGCCUUUGUCAACAAUAACUGUCUAGAAUAGAUGAUUUUGGAAUCCCCCCUCUACAUUUCAUUACCUAUCAAGGCCUUUUACAAGUACUGUAUAUUAUUGUUCAUAUUGGAGUGUGGAUGCCUGUUAGAUGGGAGUCUUAUUUACACAUGUUUAAAGCCACCUAAUGUUAACGCUGCAUGUGGAUAUCAACGUCUCUACAGUUUGUACACUCACUGGUGUACACAGUACGAACACACUUAAAAAGUAUCCCAAAUAACAAAAACAAUUAAUAACCAGUUAUAAUACAGAACACAGCCUGACAUUUCACCAACAAUGUGGCUUUGUUUUAACAUACUUCUCACUAAAAUGGAUGUUCUAUUAUGCAAUAUCCAAGACCCCUUUUUUUAUUUUUCAUUAAAACACUAUAAUUGAAAAAAAAUUCUGUAAAUUGCCUACUUAAAAAACAACAACAAGGAGGCAUUUGACCUCUGAUAACAGUAUGCCUGUAAGUUAUUGAUGAUAUAUGUAUAAAUAUGUUGUGCAAUGCUCAAUUUGACAGUUUCCACAAAGAUAUUGCAUAUUGCAUUCACGUUUUACUCACCAGACAUUUCACAGCCCAUACCCCCCAGCAGCCUGUUACCUUUGGAACAGCAAAAUAAAAUCACCCUUUGUGGACCUUUAAACCAACGUAGUUUUUGCAGGUCCUUUGAAUGUGUGCAAAAAAAACUAUUAACAAACUACUUGACACUAGACAGUCAACUCUCCCUGACGGCCAACAUCGCUGCGACAACGCGUUCCUGUAGGUACAUGCUGCACAUCAGGAGAAUACGGCCUCUUCUUACUCAGAAGGCGGCACAGGUUCUGGUCCAGGCUCUGGUCAUUUCACGCCUCGACUACUGCAACUCCCUCCUGGCUGGUCUACCUGCUAAGGCCAUCCGACCUCUGCAGCUCAUCCAGAAUGCAGCAGCUCGACUGGUCUUCAGCCUCCCAAAAUUCACCCACACCACUCCGCUCCUUCGAUCUCUCCACUGGUUACCGGUGGCUGCCCGCAUCCGCUUCAAAGCAUUGGUUCUGGCGUACCGUGCUCUAGACGGAUCGGGCCCCGUCUACAUCCGGGAUAUGGUCACACCGUACACCCCGGCACGUUCGCUCCGCUCGGCAACAGCCAAUCGACUUGUGACUCCUCCACCUCGAGCUAAUCACUCUACAUCCAGACUGUUUGCUGUCCUGGCUCCUGAUUGGUGGAACGAGCUCCCCACUGACAUCAGGACAGCAGAAAGUCUCUACAUCUUCCGCCGGAGACUGAAAACACACCUUUUCCGACUAUAUCUGGAUUAAAACACAGAUUUGCACUUCAGUGGCACUUAAAUAGCUCUUAUUAUGGUACUUUUGUUGUUCGACUAUGUUGAGGAAAUGUUACUUCCUGUAUUCUUGUUGUUCUUAGUUUGUACUCUAGGUUGAAAUGCACUUAUUGUAAGUCGCUUUGGAUAAAAGCGUCUGCUAAAUGACAUGUAAUGUAAUGUAAUUUGGUAGCAUACAGACUGUAAAAGUUUAACAUUUGAGGAGAACUUUUUUUAGAUCAACUACGCAAAAACAACCAAUGAUGGAGCUAUAUGGCGCUUUUAUUAAGUAGAAUGCGUGAACAGAGAAUCAAUGUCUUUUUAUACUCACACCGUAAUAUAUUAACCAUAAAUAACAUUACAUCAUCACUUUCAAAUACAUGAAAUAUAUUAACACUA